AUGUCGAGUCUGGAGCAGCCCUUGUACAGCAGGGGCAGGGAACCUGGUCAUCGAUACCGCCGACCUCUAAUUGAGCAAUGCACCAAUAAGUGGCGAGAUGAGUCACCUCAUCGAUAUGAGAUGUCUCCCGACCGUGCCACCCCAGGGGAAGAUUUUGUGGAUUGUCUGGAAGACUUGUGGGACAAUACCACCACCCUCGUGAAGGCUCCCAGGUUUCGCAGACUCUUGGCUGUGGCAUUCGUGGCUAUCGUGAUCACAGUCGUGUUGUGUAUCAAAGUUUGGCCAUUCGUCGACGAGGAAAGAAUACUCCUGGCUUCCGUGGGCAAGAGCGGGACUUCAGCCUCGGGGGGAUUAUUUGGGCUGAAUUUACGGCCUCAUUUUCCUGGCAUGACCCAGGUGCAGACACUUGAUCCCCUUCUCCUCCCACGAUUGCCUCGUGGGCGUUCUCCUGAAGCUGGAAAUAAGACAAGAUUGAUUUUCGUGGGAGAUAUCCAUGGCUGCCGAGAUGAUUUGGAAGCUUUGCUGAACAAGACGCACUUCAAUCCGGUCACCGACCAUCUGAUUGCGUUGGGAGACAUGGUUUCCAAGGGCCCUGAUUCACGCGGAGUCAUCGACCUUUUGCGUGGUUACAAUGCCUCCUGUGUUCGCGGAAAUCAUGAUGAUCGACUGUUGUUGCUGGUCGAGGAUUUACAGUCCACGUCUUUGACCUCUAAGAAGAAUUCCCACUUCCCCUCCGAUCUCGCCGCACAGGCUGCUGUGAGUAGGGAUACUUCGCUGAAGGAGCUUGCCUUGUCAUUGGAUGAGGCCCAGAUCGAGUGGCUUGCAUCGUGUCCGGUCAUUCUUCGGAUCGGAACCAUGAAGGCUUUCCACGGUGAGACUGUUGCCGUUCAUGGAGGCCUUGUCUUGGAUGUUCCUCUAGAACAGCAGGACCCGCUUUCAGUCAUGAACAUGCGAACAAUGGAUCUGCGAACACACGUACCGUCAGAGAAACAUGAACAGAAGGGAGGCCAUGCAAAAGCUUGGUACAAAUUAUGGAAUAAACAUCAACAGUUGUUGCCUACACGACAAGGCUGGAGCCGCCUCAAGAGUCUCGGGAGAAAGAAACCUGCCGAGAAGCAAAUGACAGUCAUCUACGGACAUGAUUCUAAGACGGGCUUGAAGCUGCGAAAAUAUACGAAAGGGCUCGACUCUGGCUGUGUGGUCGGAGGGAAACUCACGGCGUUGGUGGUGAACGGCAACGGCAAACAGAAGAUCGUUCAAGUCGAUUGUAAAGGUGGUCGCUGA